CUGGCCGGGUGCGAUCUGAGGCUGUAGCAGGAGCCCUCGGCUGGGAGCGGGCGCGCUGGUCCACCCCUCCCGCCCGGCUUCCCUUUGUCCUGGAGGAGAAGGAGGCUGCACCGCGGACCCAGGUUUCCAGCGUUGGAUUGUCUUCUAGGGCAAAUUGUCACCAAUGGCAGUAAAACUUGUUUUCCAGCAUUCUGGGUUAAAUGGACUAACUGGCUCUCAUUCUGAGGGAACCUAAUGGAUAUCUCUUGCUUUAAUUAAAUCUCUACUGUAUGUCAAAAAGAUUUCCCAAGUCUGGAAGCUGCUCUGAAAGUGAUUGAAACAGCAUAAAAAUGUGAAUCUAACAAGACUCCAAACAACUUGAGAAAGAAUUUUCUACUGAUCAGUUUGUAAUUUAAAUCUUUAACUGAAGCAUGCAUAGUAGUUAAACUGGUUGAAGAGAAGCUUACUCCUUAAAUAGGACUGUCAAAAAAGCAGUCACCUGAAAUUUCAAAAUGAGUGCAUCACUGGUACCAAGUGAGACACGUUACACCCAGCUGCAGGACAACAGAAAUGAAAUAAAAAAUAACAAUGAAAGCGUAAUAAGUAUUGGAGAUACAAAUGCCAACCAAAUUAUGACAAAGGUCAGAAGCACUGAAGGGGAAGUCAAGAGAUGUGAUUUGAUAGCUAAUCCUGGAAGUGUGCAUACUGGUGGGUCAGAGAACAUUACGCAGUUAGAUACAGAGCAGAAUAAACUUCUGGUCUUUAAGGAAUCUCAGAGUUGUGACAUCAGUAUACAAGAAUUUAGGUUGCCUUCUACCAUAAACAGGGAAUUGGAUAAAGAUUACAGGACUGAUGAAGUUAAGGAUACUUCAGAGAAUAUUCGUAUUAGCCGAGGAAAAAGUCUGUCUAAUUUGAAGAGCAGUGCAAAUGAUACCAGUUCAUGGGUUCUUUCAAAAGAUGAUGUUGAAUUUACCCGGCAUAUUUCUAAGGAUAAAAUGAUCAGGACCAUGGAGGCUGAAGGAAUAAAAAGGCUUUCUUUGGGAAGAUCAUGUAAAUUUUCUACUAAAACAGAAGCAUUUUCAAAAGAACGUGUGUCGUGUAAACGUUCACUUUCUGCAUCACUAGAUUCCAUUGCUACAUCACAUCAUUUGAUUGGUGAUACUGAGAAAUCACAGAAAACACCAGCAGAUCAUUUUCUAGAUAUGGUUCUUCAUCCACUUGACAAUACCUCAGAGGAAAAUAUGGUGUUUUAUUCGAAACCAUCUACCUCAGAGAACAAGAAAGUAAAUAUCGCAGAGAGCCAAAUGGAUGUGGAAGAUGUACCAACUGUUAACAGCAAAAGCACACUGCAUCCUACUGAUGUAGAUCUAAAUUUAAGUGAUAAGCCCAGUGAAGUCUCUAGUAAGUCAGAAGCACAACUAGGUCAGGGUGAUAUGAGUAAAAAACUGGAGCUAAAACAUCCACCACUUGUACCAUCUAAGAACAUUUGUCAACAAAAAAUCGAGAGAAUUAUGUUGGUAGAAUUUCUAGGAUGUCAGAAAGAAGAAGAUACGUUAAUACAAGAGAAGAAAGGUUAUGGAGCUGAAGUGUCCAAAAUGCAAGCUCCCCAGUUUCAAGACUUUUGUAGUAAAGUAGAGGAUCCGCUCUUAAACCAAGUGGUAGCCUACGCUGAGGACAGACUACCUAGUGGUAAUAGUACCUGCCCUGGGUUUGGAAGAGGAAGUAAUGAUGAUGAAAGCAGGGCAGCUAAUCAAGGUCAUCAGGAAUACAUAACAGACAAAGAAAUUGGAUCUGUAUUUCCUCUUACUGAUGAUAGCAAAUCCAGUGGCAAACUGACACCUACAAGAAAUAGAAACUUACUUGAAGCUGGUACAAGUUGCAUUCAAACAGUUGGUGGGCAUAUAUCUUUUCUACACAAUGUUAGUCUCCCUUACAGCAAAACUAUGAAAGUUAAUGAGAAUAAACUGAUGCUAGUCAGAGGGAACACUGAAAACACCACAGUGUCUGCCUCUGAUCUCUCAGAUCAACACAGAGUGCUUAGUACAGAAACAAUGUCAAACAAACAGCCAAACCACCAGGAUAGUGAUGUGGAAACCACAAGCUUUUCAGCUCAGAAUAAAAAGACAGCUAUUGCAAAGAAAUAUCUUUCAGAUGACGCAUCAGAGAGUUAUAAAAUUUCAGCAAGGGCUGAUGCCUUUUUCUGUGUUCCAACUGCCUUGCGCCCAGUGGCAACUGUGAAUGUUAAUAAUCAGCCCACAAUUUCAAACAGCAGUUUAAAGGAUCUUUAUGCACUUCAUGUUGACAAGCUGUCACCCUCCUCAGUCCUACCUCCCAUUGACAGUACCCAGUUGUUAAACAUAUCCCCUAAAGUGCCUAUCAAGACUGCUGCGAACAGUGGAAUCCCCAAACCAAUCCUUGUGCAUUCCAAGGGCUCCCUUACAGCCCAGGGUGAUGCAGAAAGUGACUGCAGUGAAAAGCCUGAAGAAAACAUUGAGAUAAAACCUGUCAUACCCAAACCCAAACAUGUGAGACCUAAGAUCAUCACUUACAUUAGAAGAAAUCCUCAGUCUAUAGACCAUCUUGACCCUUCCUUUGCCUCAACUGAGCUGCCGUAUGGUCCACCUGUUUGUGGUAUGCCCAUGGCAAAAGAACAGCAGAUAUUGAGUGGUGGGGAUAUUAAACCAUCUAACAUUCUAUAUGACAAAUUUAAACCCGACUUGCAGAAGCCAAGAAUCUAUGGUUCAGGACUUGUAGUAUCUGGCAUCAAACCCCCGGGGCAUCAUUUUGGUCAAAUGAGUGAAAAGUUUUUACAGGAGGUUGGGAAAAGGCCUAUGAAAGAAGAAUUCUGUUCUCCGCCAUAUACCCACUAUGAGGUAUCUCCAAGUUUUUAUCGAUCUGCCAUGAUACUUAAACCACAGUUAGGACUGGGAGCGGUUUCCAGGUUGCCCUCUGCAAAAAGUAGGAUUUUGAUUGCAAGUCAAAGGUCCUCAGAUAGCUGCCUCCAUCAGCCAGGACAAAUAACAAAUGCUUCCAGCCUUUAUCAUCCUGAGGCUUCAGUUGAUCUAAAAAAAAGCCCAUGCUCAAAUGCUGCAAAAUCCAAUCUCCCCAAGCCAUGUCAAUCUGGACUUCGUCCUCCUGGCUAUUCACGCUUGCCAGCAGCUAAACUGGCAGCAUUUGGUUUUGUCAGGAGCUCGAGUGUAUCCUCUGUCUCAAGCAACCAGUCAAAUGACAGCGUUCAGAGUGAUCAAAGCAGAACAACCAACCGUUCAAACUUUGGCAAUGAAGAGCAAACCCCUCCUAAGGCAUCUGUGCUUUCUAAAGAUUUACCCAAGGGGACCAGUAGGACUGCACUGCAGGUAUCAACCAGCUCAGCAACUCCCCGCAGGAGUUUACUUCCAGCACCGAAAACUACCGUAACACCUGCUGCAGGUUUGAAGAAAGAAGUACAAAAAGAUCAAGAUGCAAAUAAACCCACUGUGUCAUCCCCUAAGAGAUUAGCAGUAUCAGCCACUAAGCUCCAUUCACCAGUGGGUGUGGUCCUGCUUUUCCACAGCACCCCAUAUUCUAAUUGA